AUGCUGUUCGAGGCCGUCCGAUGAGGCGAUCGAACGGAAAGAUGGAAACCCUAGGCAUCCUUCGUGCCCGCGAAUCUCUAUAAAGCGCCCGCCAGAAGAGCCACGCCUCCCCGCAUCGAUCGGACUUGCUGUCGGCGUCUGAUCUACUCCGGAUCUCACAGUUGGAUAAUCUUCUCCGGCGAGCUUCAUGGGGAAAGAGAAGGUUCAUAUCAACAUUGUGGUCAUCGGCCAUGUCGACUCCGGGAAGUCGACCACCACGGGUCAUCUCAUCUACAAGCUGGGCGGCAUCGACAAGCGUGUGAUCGAGCGGUUCGAAAAGGAGGCCGCCGAGAUGAACAAGAGGUCGUUCAAGUAUGCCUGGGUGCUCGACAAGCUCAAGGCCGAGCGAGAAAGGGGAAUCACCAUCGACAUUGCCCUAUGGAAAUUCGAGACCACCAAAUACUACUGCACCGUCAUCGACGCCCCCGGCCACCGCGACUUCAUCAAGAACAUGAUCACCGGAACCUCCCAGGCCGACUGCGCUGUUCUCAUCAUCGAUUCCACCACCGGCGGCUUCGAAGCCGGCAUCUCCAAGGACGGCCAGACCCGCGAGCACGCUCUGCUUGCUUUCACUCUCGGAGUCAAACAGAUGAUUUGCUGCUGUAACAAGAUGGAUGCGACGACGCCGAAAUACUCGAAGGCGCGAUAUGAUGAAAUCGUGAAGGAGGUUUCUUCUUACCUCAAGAAGGUCGGAUACAACCCGGACAAGAUUCCCUUCGUUCCCAUCUCCGGCUUCGAGGGCGACAACAUGAUCGAGAGGUCCGCCAACCUCGACUGGUACAAGGGCCCGACGCUGCUCGAGGCUCUGGACUUGAUCAGCGAGCCGAAGAGGCCCUCGGACAAGCCCCUCCGGCUUCCACUUCAGGAUGUGUACAAGAUCGGAGGCAUUGGCACUGUGCCGGUCGGGCGCGUCGAGACUGGUGUUCUUAAGCCCGGCAUGGUCGUCACCUUCGGCCCUACUGGGCUCACGACCGAAGUCAAGUCGGUCGAGAUGCAUCACGAAGCUCUCCAGGAAGCCCUCCCCGGCGACAAUGUCGGCUUCAACGUGAAGAAUGUCGCCGUCAAGGAUCUGAAGAGAGGCUUUGUCGCGUCCAAUUCUAAGGAUGACCCUGCGAAGGAGGCUGCCAACUUCACUUCUCAGGUCAUCAUCAUGAACCAUCCUGGCCAGAUCGGCAAUGGCUACGCCCCCGUGCUCGAUUGCCACACCUCCCACAUCGCAGUCAAGUUCGCCGAGAUUCUAACGAAGAUCGACAGGCGAUCGGGCAAGGAGCUCGAGAAGGAGCCCAAGUUCCUUAAGAACGGCGACGCCGGCUUAGUGAAGAUGAUCCCCACCAAGCCCAUGGUCGUGGAGACAUUCUCCGAGUACCCUCCUCUUGGCCGUUUCGCGGUGAGGGACAUGCGCCAGACUGUGGCCGUCGGAGUGAUCAAAAACGUCGAGAAGAAGGAUCCUACUGGUGCCAAGAUCACCAAGGCUGCUGCCAAGAAGAAGUGAAUCUUCUUGUCGGUUUCAGUCGCUUGUCGACGACAUCCCGGCGAACUAAGAACAAGUAUUUGGAUUCAUGAGUUUUUAGGUGUUGUUGAUCUUUGUUGGCGCCAGGAGUUUUUAGGUCUGUGCUGCUCCGGGCCUCUGCCGACUACUUUUGCAUUGUGUUAAGCUGCUACACUAGUUUAUUGGUAUCAAUGACGUGCUUUAGGUUUGUGUUAACUUUUACUUUUUUUUAAUCUCUGUAUCUCAAUUUUAUCAAGUUUCUAUCUUGAGCUGAAA